CGUGCGAAUCGGCCCCGCUUCGAUCGGCCCCAGAAUGCGCGCGGGCGACAUGUUGGACGAAGGUUGCAUCCGCCGCUACCGCGCUAGCUGAGUGAACUCCGCUUCCAAAACGUCAAGUCUCGUCUCUUCGAGGGGCGAGAGAACACCUCAACGAGGCUGCAGCAGCUUCGGCCGCGGGACCACCAUGGGAACCGUGUUGAGCUUCUCUCCGAGAGACCGCAAGCCGCAGAGCUACAGUGAGUACAACCUGUACAGCUACGAGCAGCUAAACAACGCCAAGAACAGCCAGCACUCCGCCAAGAUGGGCCACCACCAGGACAGGAUGGCGGCGCCGCCGGCGUCUCAAACGCAGCCGCCCAUCGCCGGUGGAGGCCACAACCAUCACCACCAUCACCACGGUCACCACCACGGCAAUAACCACAACAACAAUAAUAACAAUAAUAACAACAACCAAAACCACCAUGGUGGCAACCACUUGAAGAAGCACACGCUGUUCAUCAACGCGCUGAGCUGGAAGCACUUCAACGUCUCAACCAAGAAGAAGGCAGAAAAGAAUAAAUCAGCGGCCGUGCAGCGCCAGCCCCUGGAACCCGUCGACCCCAACAAGAACGUUCACAAGUCACUCUCCUGCUAUAACCUUGGACUCGACAUCGUGGGCUCGGGCCGCACGCUCGUCGACAGGCCGCCAACGGGAGCCAAGCCGGCCCCGCCUCCACUGCCACCGAAGCCGGCCGUGGUGAGACCGGCUCCAGCCAAACCGGCCGGAUCUCAUCAGGCCGGUGGGAGUCCUCAGCGCAAGACAGUGAUCCAAGCCUCAACGUCUGAACUUCUCCGCUGCCUGGGCGAGUUCCUCGGGCAGCGCUGCAAGCGACUGCGCGACUUCCAGCCAGGCGACGCAGUUCUCUGGCUGCGAACCGUGGACAGGUCGCUGCUGCUGCAGGGCUGGCAGGACAUCGCCUUCAUCAACCCUGCAAACGUAGUCUUCCUGUACAUGCUGGUGCGCGAGCUCGUCGACGAGGACGUGACCAGCGAACGCGAGCUGCAGGCAGUCGUGCUGACGUGCCUGUACCUGUCGUACGCGUAUAUGGGCAACGAGAUAUCGUAUCCACUCAAGCCCUUCCUGGUCGACGAGAACCGGGACAAGUUCUGGGACCGCUGCCUUCAGAUUAUUGAAAGCCUGAGCUCCAGCAUGCUGCGCAUCAAUAGCGAGCCGGGCUUCUUCACCGAAGUAUUCACCGAGCUCAAGGCGUGUGCGCCCCAGCCGGCGACGUCGAUGGCCCCCACGGCACGCGUCUGUUGAAGACCGCCCACAGCCCCGCCAUCGACGGGGCUUCUUCACUCUAGUAUCAAGGUUUCGCCAAACAAGGCCCUCUCCGAGCGACAGAGCGAAAAGCCAGCACCCGUCCUUCUGUUUAAGCCGUCACCUCAGCACUGUGUUGACUCCGGUGUACGCUGCGUCGACGUGCUGUUGCCCUUCACUCUUCGACGCACGUUGAUCAAAAGCUCUUUGUCCUUCUUGCUGCUGCUUUUUCCGUCACCCUCCUAUCUUCAAAUUUGAACGCUAGUACGGUUUAAAAGUUAAGAGCUUGGACACCGCGAGUUUUUGCUUUCAUUUGUUUCCGGAUUGGGAGUAAAAGAAAACAUCGUGGUGAAGGCAACGUCCUGGAGGUCGCCUAAGCAAAGAAAGAGCACCUUGCUUUCCACAGUUGAUUUGACCAACCUUUCACUUGUUGCACUCAUGUUCGUUGAGGCAAAAGCCUGUUUUUUAUGUUAUGCUGUCCCCAUUGGUACAGCUUAGUUCUUCCGGGAAAAGAAGAAAGAAGAUGCUGUGCGAUACCACUUGCGCUACACCGGAGGGUACGGAACGUUGAACGGCGGUCAUUCGUGGACCCAAGAAUGGCGUCGACGGAGCAGCAUCCGCCAUAACUGCCAAAAAGAAACACGUGGAAUGGGAGGGGGAGUGUAUGAAGAGCAUCAGAAAAGGCAGCCUCGACUGGUGGCGCUUAGCUUGCGCAGUGUCUUGCAUGCGUGACACCGGACGGGAGAAAAGCCUGAACAUGACGCGAUGCUCCGUGUGUUCAAGGCCGCUGACGCGGUUGACUGUGCGACAAAGAUUACAAUGUAGGUGUGACUCGUCAACGCCUAGCGGUGGGCAACCCGGUGAAAUUUGUCCGAGCACCAGCUUUCUUCUCCGCAAAACACCAGGUACUCGCCAUCCCUCUGCUACCGUUGUUAAGACUCACUUGUUGCGGGACAAUGCUGCAAUAUUUUCUUCUUUCCCUCUCUUUCUCUUACUUUUGUCAUCUACCGCUUGUUUCAAUUAUUUUUUUUGUCUUGUGAGUUACACUGUCCGACAAGAAACCGCACCAAGUACCACACGUGAAAGCAUGAUCGUUUUGUUCUUAAGCUACUCAUGUGUACGCUAACUACGUCUCUCAGAAUGCUCACAUUCGAGGGAGCACCUAUGUAUAGAUCGAGCGACGGAGAGAUUAUCGAACGAAGGUUCGCUUUGGUCACAGCCAGAGUGGAAUUUUUAGUAUAGAGCACGUCUGUGUAUCGAUCGUCUUUGCGACUGCCUUCCGGUUGCAUCGACGCUUUCAUUUCUUCGUUACCUGUUAAUUCCGUACUUAUUCUGCCAAGACAAAAAAAGAAAUAAUAAAAAGAGAGGAAUAACCAGUACAAAUAUUGUUAGAAAAAAAACGGAACCCGAAUAUUCUUUUGAAUCUCAAGAGGCUAAGUGAUAUAGUCGGACAGUUUCGAUUUCGUUUAGUUUGCGUUUAGCUUUACUUUGCAUCGUGUAACGUUAGUGGAAUCAAAACAUAAUGCUGAAGGAGAGCAGAGUGAGACCAUGCUGCAUAAACUCAAAGAAACCUUCAAAGAAACUAUGAAAAUGCGCUGUGCCAACGUUGUAAUGACUUAGCCGAUCUCGUGUAGGAACGGCGGAAGAAGACUCAGGAUACACUUUAGAUCGUACACAACACUUCUGAAACGGACGCUUCUGCGCAUAUAUUGUGCCCAAAAUCUAUCCAGCUGAAGUAGACUGCUGGACGUGUUGCGAAGACGCUCAAAUGGCGAGAGAGUCCCCAAAAGCCAUGACAUAAUAUCUAUUUUAUGAGAUCGCUGGUUUUGGGGUUCGCGCAUAGUAACCGUUACUCUUUCAUUUCUUUCCUUCUCGUUUCUAGCCGGAGAAACUUUCGCGGCGAGCGGAACAAGACAAUAAAUAACCGCAACAAAGCAACGGCAACCAAUAGUUGUUAUCUAAGUUUCUUGUGAUACAGUACCAGAAGAAAUACGUCCACUUCGUAGCCGCAGUCUUUUGUUUCGCAGUCAGGAUGUGUUAUUUUAGUACGCAGUUACGCUGUGGCAGCGCGUAUACGGUUACGUGAAGCAGGAAAUUAUCCGAGCUGAAUAUCUUUUCUACAGUCUUUGUUUCUGUAGGUGUAAAUAGGACUGUUCAAUGAGGACGCGGCGAAGCACUUUCACUUUGUCGGCUGCUUUCUAUGGAGAGCGGAAGCGCUGCAAAAAAACUAUACGGAAAUGUUGGGGCGCCGCGGAGACCAGGCAGCCAUCUUGCGCGGAAUUCGCGAGCUUCCCUGCAGGAACUCCCGCCUCCCUCCCCCUCCCUCAAAAGAAAAAAAAAUAGGGGGCGCUCAUCGAUCGCGCCGACUUCCCCAGCGGCGCGCCCUCGGUAACGCCUGCGGAGUAUUGCGCAUGCGUAGCGCGGUGGCAGCCUGCCGCGCAUUACUCACCGAAACCGUUGUAGGUGGCGGUUCCUCCCGAAACGACGCUUUAUUCAAUUUCUGCUUUUUAGGUUGCUGUUUCUGCCACAUACGGUCACUUUAACAUGCGUUGUUCGAUGCUCGAAUUUCACUGCGGAACGAACUAGAGAGCAGCCUCAUGUUGUAGGCCUUUUUUUGCGAGCCAGCACUGAGUGCGAUGUUGCCCACGGAGUCGGGUCCGUGGAGUGAUGUCAAACGAGGGAAAAUUCGAGAAAAGAAAAGCACGGGCCCAGACCUUUUCCAAGCGCACAUCAGUAACACUAAGGCUUUAUUUCGCACAUCUGGUACAUAACGAGAUCGUGCUGAAAAAAAAAAGGGAAAAGAAAAAUGGCGUAUAUUGCAUGAACAAAGACAACAGCCAUAUAUUCGUUGUGGUCAGUGUGUUGUCAUGAAAAUUAACGUACAUACUUCGUGAACUCAUUCACGCAAACCUGAAACCCGCAGCUGACUACAAGAUAAGUCAUUGCUUCAUGUUUGUCUGCGGCGUCGAACUGCUUACGUAUAAUUUCGCUCAGUCUCCUCUACUUCCGACGGUGACGCCGUAGGUAGCCGAACGAAGAUCAAGGCUCACUGCUACUUCCGGCGAGCGUUGGUAAUCUAAGAGAUCACAUUCACAACCACUGAGCUAAAGCUAAAGUCGUCCUCAAAAAGGGUUCGUUGUUGUUGGAACCUCACGCACUCAGUGCUCGCUACGUACCUCUCAUUCGAGCACGUGAAGCGUGCUUCACCGCGCUAAGACUGUUAUUGCGGUAAAGCACGCUUUUUGUAGAACCACUUUUCUGCAUAAUUUCAGGGGGGCCGGUAAUGGAACGAUCACGCACAAGCUGUGUACCAGCCUCCACCUGUAUAUUGUUGUUCUUUCGCAUCAGAACGUUUAUGUAAAUUAUGUGCGAAAUUUCUAUUUAUUGCAGCUUCUUGUCAAACAUGAUCUGCCGCACGCUAUAUCUGUCCAUGACGUCGGCUACUUUGUUAAUGAUAGCUGAACGUUGUAUUGUUGAUAGGUUCUGAGCAUUUUGCGCGCUUCUUUUUCUAGUGACAGGCGUCAAUAGAUGGUUUCUGUGCUGCUUAAUUACGCAAGUGAGCGCCAAAAUGUGAUCUGCUGGCGUCUGUGUCCACGCAACGCGUUUCGGAAGUUAUUGAUUUCCGCAAACAAAUAACACCUACCAUUGUGAAGCAGAGAAAGAGGUGAAAGUUGUUAUUUUCGUUUAUAACGAGUCCGGUUGCCAAUUCUGGUAAUGUGCGCUCGCGAUGUUUCCGAGUUGCAUGGCAACGCUGAAGUCACAGUUCAUCUCUGCGUAUCGAGUGCUACAACUCAUUGCAUAGUCAUUACUACGAUGCAUAAGUCACCUGUUACAAUAUCCGGUAGAAGUGUUCUCGGAUAGUGGUGUUGAUGUACCGAGCCUCUCUGUUCUUUCUCUUCACCGAAGCUUCGACUGACGACAAAAGAAAAAAAGAAAAAACCACCGAGAACUACGUGCGAAGCUUGUGCUGCUCAUUUGUACAAAACCUAUACCUGCUGGGGGAGCAAGGAAAUAAAGAUUGU